AGGUGGAAUUGCCACGUAGGUGCGGCCGUUAACAUGAACACAAAAACAUAGGACUUAAAUCAUCUCGAUCAUCAAGUCAUCGGUUUCUACAUUGGGCAAAAAUAUGCAAAUGGCUCUCAGAGUGGCAGCGCGUCCUGUUGUAAGACGAGCCAACAUAGCUCUGCUCUCACUUCCUCAUUAUCUCACAACCAAAUCCCACGCUGCUUCUUCUUCUUCACAGUUUCUCCACAAUUCAUUCCCUCCACUGAAUCAAAAUGGACCAAGAUAUUCGAUCAGGGCAAUCAGUGGAACAACUGUGGAUCCCGUGGCACCUAAGAAGGAUAACGCAGAGCAGCAAUCUCCAGAAAACUGGAAAAUUAAGAUGCUUUACGAUGGGGACUGUCCCUUAUGCAUGCGUGAGGUUGACAUGUUAAAAGAGAGGAAUAAAGUUUAUGGAACAAUCAAAUUCGUGGACAUUAGUUCUGAUGAAUACAGCCCAGAGGAGAAUGAAGGCCUCGAUUACAAGACGGUCAUGGGAACAAUACAUGCAAUACUAUCAGAUGGAACUGUGGUUACAAAUGUUGAGAUUGCAACUAUUGCUGAUACUGUGUAUGGAGUCUGGGCAAAGUAUCGUCUUCAGAUAACAGGUCGACCACCUUUAGAAGAAGUUAUAUUGGCACGCAAGAAUAAGGAGGAAAUGUGCAAGGACAACAAGGCUUGCAAAAUUUAGGAGUUUCAGAAUGUUGGAACCAUCGGAUGUUUAUCAACAGAGUCAGAUCUACUUCUAUGCUCUUGCUGAAGCUGAUAUAGUAUACCAAUAUGAAAGGCCUUACAGUUGCUUUAGCCUUUUCAGCAAUUACUAUAGAAAUGUAUACACAACACUUGUUUUCUAUUAUUCUACAUAUUUCAAGAAUAGAAUAAUAUACAGAAAUUUCUCCGAUA